AUUAUCUAUUUCUAACUAAUCUUGUGUAAUAUAUAUUUUAUGAUGAUUGUUAUCAGAACUUCAAUAAUGGUGAAGCUCAGUAUGGUGUUGCUGGUAUUCUGUCUGGUCGGAUUAUCGAGGGCCGUGGUUAUACGUCAACCCAACCUAUACUGGGAUAACAUUGACAAAUAUUGUGGCUCAAGGCUGGCAGAUGAACUGCGUGUAAUUUGCAGAGGAAAAUACAACGAAGUACCAGCUGGCCAGCCCGAACUCUCUAUCGGCGCCCGGAGACGUUUGGGAUUGUCUAUGGUCGUCGAUGAAUGCUGCACACUGCCCUGCAAUAGAAGAACGUUGAAAACGUAUUGUGCAUCAGUUCCCUAAUAGGUACACAACCAAUACAAAUAAUA